GACUGUGUCACAGUGUGUGAGCAACAGCUGGGGUCCUACUCGGAUGUGGAUGAUCUUUUCAGUGAUGACAACUCAUCUGGACUAGUCCAUUCUGUCUGGGGGAGCACCGGCCACCUAUUUGUGUCCCUGAAGGAGGGGCUGGCACUGAAGGCCUUCGAUACAGCACCCAUUGAUCAAAAGGUGCCAAAAGAGAAAAGGGCCCUUGUUGUGCGUCAGGGGACGUCAGAAGUCAUAGACAUCUUUGCUCCAAAGAAAAAGAACACCCCAGUCUACGUUGCUCACAAAAAUGGAAUUCUCAAAGCGUGGCUGUACUCGGUCCAAGGUGGGUGGGUGCAUCUGGGCAACAUUACUCUGUCCGCCACGCAACAGAUGGAGCUGUGCUCUGUGACUAUCGACGAGAGCCGAGGUCGGGUGAUCUGGGUGGAAACUCAGUCACGCGGCAACCAAGAUGGCUGCCAUUAUAGCGUCUGUACCAGGACCAUCAUGUUUGAGACCACUGAUGUCAAGUACUGCGUCGGUCCUGUUUUGACGCUGCUUCAGAACUGCCCCAAGUGUGACCUGUACUGUUCACCAUUUGCAGUCACCAUUUGGCCAAGUGAGCCUUGCCCGAAGGGCCUGUACUUCACCUGGCACUCAGACUCCCACCUACUCAGGAACCAGCUGGACACUCACGUUCUUGGCCAGGGCAGGUGCCUCUCUGAAGACCGGGCAGGUACCGUGGUCGACUUCAAGUCAGCAGCAUCCAAGCUGAGACAUAUUUGGGCGCAGAAAGCCUCACAGCCAGAGCUACAAGUCAUCGCCAAGACCAGCCACGUGUCCACUGGAGUGUUGUUCCUUAUCUGCAGUAAUGGAUGCGUGCACACACUCAAUGGAGCUGAAGAGUCAUUGAAUGCUCUGAAACUGCCUGCUUCCAUCAACGUUGCGGACAGCACUGACUGGUUUGCGUACAGAUUCGUCCUGGGAGCUGUCUUCAAAGAUAACAUGUUCAGGGUCGUGAGUAACACAACAGGAGUAUUGCUGCAGGAAUUAGACUUGUCGACGGUCUUCUCAGGCAUGAACUUCAGGUUUUGGACCAUCAUGGGAAUGAUACCAAGAACAGGCAUCUGGAGCUCUAAGGGAAUCUGGGUUCUACAGAUGGAUAAUAUUGAGUCUGUCGUGUCGGCAAUGGGCCCUACAGAGGCGGCCGCAACCCUGCACAGCUUCAACCAGGAUCGGCUGGCAGGCCGCACUGCCCUCCAGGGGGCUUAUGAGGCAUACUCCGGCCAAAGGAUUGGUGAGGGAGCAGGCAAGGGAGUGGCUGGUCCACAGCAUGGAUUCCAGAAUCCAGGCCUGAUGGUGUCUGUGCUUCAGGGAGCUGAGGCUGGCCACAAGCCCCAGGCUAGCCAAGCACUCCAGUCACUGUACGAGAGGAGGGAGGAAUGCAUGGAACCAGACACCAGACUAAAUGCGACUACCCAACCCUUGCUGCAGCAGUACUGGGCAUUGCACCAAGAGAAGCUUGGCAUCUGGGACAAGAAAUCCAACGAAGCUCAGAGGCCGUUCACAGUUCAGGAAGUAGUGUGCCGAUUAGUGGAUAGCUCCUCCCCCCUCUCUGUGAAUCUCAAGAAGUCGGAGAUGAAUUUUCUCUGUCUCAACGCCCCUGUGGCAACGCUGGUCACAUUGCUAGAUGCCCUGAACCUUGGCACACUUGACGAAAAUGGUCACAUCAAUUUCCAGACACUCCCUCUGGACGAGGAGGAGUUGGAUCCAUCUCUUCCCCCCGUCUCAUUUGGAGUUCAGGCCCCAGAGUCCGAAUCAGGACUGCCACUGUUUGAGAUAAUUUGCACGCUCAUGUUCAAAGAAUGCCCCACCCAACUGGUGGAGUUUGUACACUUGUGCCAGCAGGCAAGAGAUAAAGUGAUGGAUGCCUCUGCCUUCUCAAGAAAGAGAUCUGCUGUUCAGCUGUAUGAUGUUGCACUUGGCAGCUUGCCAGGACCGGACCAUUCUAGAAACCAGGAGGGUGCAGUGCUAGCCACAGCAAAGCUAUUGCAGCUCAGUUUAACGUCGCACGGAGCUCUGAACGCCUUGAAGCUGCUAUUGAAGUACAAGUUGUGGUCUGAAGCCAUCGGUCUUGUACAGGAGAACGCAGAUAACACACAGAGGCAUUCCGAGCUCUACCAUGUCUUACUGAUGGCCAUCCUACAAAACAGGGAAAUAGUGCCAGAGUAUUACGAGCGGCUUUGGGCUUGUCUUCCUCAGAAAAUCAGCUCUCUGGAAUUUCUGAAACUACUGACCACCCAUCACCAGCCCAGCAAUCCCAGAAUCCACCUGUGCCAGCAGGUGCUUUGCCGACCCCAAGAUGACCUCCAGAUCGGCAUGGUCAGGGAUCAGCUCAUCAAACUGUUGGGCCGCAAGAAAGUCAAAGGUCGAUGAAGAGCGAAGGUUGUUCAAGCGUACUGAAAUACUUAUCAUAUACUGCCACGGUAAUACGGGCGAUUCACAAUAGUGCGCCACCAAGAGUUUGCAACACGU